CCCCGGGGAAGAGAAGAGAUGGUGUGUGUAAGCCAACGAAAUUUCUAAGCCAACUCGUGUGGAGCCUUGGGGUGGAAGGUAGGCUGCACGGCGAGGGCGGUCCCACACGGCAUCGAUCACGCCGUCCGUGCCUAAUCAAGCGGCCAGCGCCCGCCACCAGCCACGUCACAACGUCUCCCUCUCGGCCCGAAGGAAAUCGCGGCCCUCCCAAGCCGAUCCGAGACACCGGAGACAAUCCUCGACCGAUCGAUCGAUCUCGACCGCGGCGGCGGGGCGGCGAUGGAUUUCUCCGGCGGGGCGGGGGGCGGGGGCGGCGCGACGCUGUCGGAGAUGUACCAGAGCGCGCGGCGGCUGCUGCUGUCGGCCCGCGACGGCGUGGCCCGCGUCGAGCGGCUCGCCUCGGCGCCCGCCUCCUCUUCCUACUCCGCCUCGGCGCCGCUCGUCGGCGCGCCGGACCCGGCGGGCGCCGAGGCGGUGCGCAGGGAGGUGGCGCAGAUCCAGGGCCUCUGCGCGCAGAUGGACCGCCUCUGGCGCUCCAUCCCCGCCAAGGGCCAGCGCGACCUCUGGAAGAGAAAAGUGGAGCAGCUAUCUGAAGAGGUUGAUUCAUUGAAGGAAACCCUCGACAAGCACUCAUUGCGGCAACGAAAGCGGAUUUUGGAAGCCAAGGAAAGGGCGGAGCUAUUUGAGAGAGCUAAUGGUGAGUCGUCGCAUGUCCUUCAAAUAUUUGACGACGAAGCCCAGGCAAUGCAAUCUGCCCGUAGCUCCUCUCGAAUGCUUGACGAAGCCUUUGAGACAGGAGUGGCCAUCCUCCACAAGUACUCUGACCAGAGGGAUCGUCUGAAGAGCGCGCAAAGGAAGGCCCUAGACGUCCUGAACACCGUUGGCCUGUCAAACUCGGUCUUGAAGCUCAUCGAAAAGCGGCACCGAGUCGACAAGCGGAUUGCGUAUGGCGGCAUGAUCAUUACCGUCGUGCUGAUGGUUGCGUUUUGGCGAUGGACACACUAGUUUUUCAAUGUUCUCUAGCAUUGGUCCUUCCUUGUGUAGUAGGCACAACCCUGCCCGGUUACUGAUCUAUCUUCUUUGUAUUACUAUCAUAUAUACUGUGUGUAUAGCGAUUAUGGAAAGAUGUUGACAAGUCUCAGAUCAGAUGUAUUCUUCUGUAUGCACAGUACAGUGGCCUGUUUUGUUACCAUGACAUUUCUGUUGUGAAAAAUGCGGUCGUGGGCGUGCGCAUCUUGUAUGCAAAAAAUAUGCUAAUGCUGCUGUUUA